CGCCACGGACCGCCCCUAGUUAGCACAGCCGGAGGCGGAGAUUUGCGCUUCGCUCGGCGAUGAAAGGGUGAAGGGAGACGCUGUUUACAUCGCGAUUGCAACCAGGAAUGUUCCCGGAGCAGGAAGAACCGGAGAUUUGAGAGGAGGCGAGGCGAGAAAAUCCUAAACGCCGAGGACAGGCUGGAAAUGCGGAGGUGCUUAUUGGCCAGGAGAAGUUUGAUUUCAAGAAGUGGAAGGUGCGCCCGGGAGAAACGUGCAGCGUGACGGUGCUGUCUGCGAGCCGGCCACGGGCAUGAGAGGCGCCGCGGAACAGAGGGGGUCCCGGGCCAGGGCGAGCGCCUGGUCCCCGGAGCGGCGCACUUCAGGCUCCUCAGAGUUAUUUGGUGACGGGACGGGGGACAACCCGGACAUCUCCCAGCUUCCGGGCUUGAUGGACCUGCUGACCAACUUCGCCAAGGCGUUCGUCUACCUUUUCCCCAUCUACCUGACCGGCUACUUCGGACUGAGCCUGACCUGGAUCGUGUUCGUGCUGUUCUUCUGGAUUUGGUGGAAGAGGAACAGAGGCUGGAAAUUUGCUCGCCUGCAAGCAGCGUUUCAGUUGCUGGACGACGAAAAAUUCGUGAUCACUAAUGAGAUCAAGCAAGAUCUUCCUCCGUGGGUUCAUUUUCCAGAUAUAGAAAGAGUCGAAUGGUUGAACAAGAUUUUAAAACAAGCAUGGCCAUAUUUUGGGUUGUACCUGGAAAGAAUAUUUAAAGACGUCAUUGAGCCUUCAAUAUGUGGAUCAAAUGUUUGCUUGAAAACCUUUACGUUUGCAAAACUUAAUUUUGGUGAAAAGUCACCUAAAAUCACUGGUGUUAAGGUGUACACUGAGGAGGUGGACAGACGGCAGGUGAUCAUUGAUUUGCAAAUUAGCUACAUAAGUGAUUGUGAAAUCAAUGUGGAGGUGAAGAAAGUAUGUAAAGCUGGCUUAAAGGGAAUUCAGCUGCACGGUACACUCCGAGUGAUACUGGAGCCCCUCUCCAGUCAGAUGCCCCUGGUUGAAGCUGUGACUUUGUUCUUCCUUCGCCGACCAGUGCUGGAAAUCAACUGGACAGGACUAACCAAUUUACUGGAUAUUCCUGGACUCAAUGGGUUGUCAGACACAAAGAUUCUCGACACUAUUGCUUCAUAUAUGGUGUUGCCUAAUAGGUAUACUUGCCCAUUGAUUGAUCAAGUCAGUGUCUCUCGGCUAAGAUUUCCUUUACCACAUGGUGUUGUGAGAAUACAUCUUAAUAAAGCUGCUAAUUUAAUAAGGAAAGACACAUAUCUAAUGGGUAUGGUGCAAGGAAAGUCUGACCCAUAUGCUGUUAUUCGAGUUGGGACGCAGACCUUUCGCAGCAAAACUAUCAAAGGAAAUUUAUAUCCCGAAUGGUAUGAAAUGUAUGAGGCUGUAGUUCAUGAGGCUCUUGGUCAAGAUUUGGAAAUGGAACUUUUUGAUGAGGACCCUGAUAAAGAUGACUUUCUGGGAAGCCUUGUUAUAGAUCUUGGUGAAGUCAUGAAAGACAGAAUUGUGGAAGAGUGGUUUCCUCUGAGUGAUGUUGAGCAUGGAAAAGUUCAUCUAAAACUUGAAUGGCUGUCCUUGCACACUACCUUAGAAAACAAAUCUGUGGAAAAUGCUCUGAAGCAGACUAUACCUUGCAAAUCGAACGCAGUACUGGUUGUUUAUCUGGAUAGUGCAUAUCAUCUGCCUAGAAAUCAGUUUGAAUAUACGAACAAUGAAUACAGCAUAAAGAAAAAGAGCAAGCCAAAAUACAUCAAGUCAAUAAAGAAAACAAACCUGGAACCUAGCUGUUCUGUUCAGCUUGUGGUUGAAAAUAUCAUGCAAGAAAGUAAGAUUUGCUACAAUACAAGUGCACCAGUCUGGGAACAAGCAUUUACAUUCUUCAUCAAAAACUUGCAUUCUGAGGGGCUAAACAUAGAGAUCAAAGACAAAGACCGGGAAUGUGCUCUUGGGGUCUUGACUGUCCUUUUCUGCCAUUUGUUGAAAGCUUCUGAUAUGACCCUGGACCAAAGGUUCCCACUAGAUCGUUCAGGACCCAGCAGCCUUAUAAAAUUGAAGCUGGUUCUUCGGGUGCUAACUAAUGAGGAACCCGAUGCUGACAGUGUCUACGCAGGCCUGAAUGCCCUUAAAAAAGGUCCCAUUUCAGUGAAGAAGAGGAAAACUGGAAACAAACCCAACACUCCUCCUUCAACACCAAUAUCACCAAAUGUUUCAAAGAUGUUUGAAGAUAGCAUAGCAUGUGACCAAACGGAGAAAAUAGAAGAUAAUAAACAGUCUAAAAAUACUGAUGAAAUUAUACCAAAACUGCAAACGGCCCCAACGCAAGUCAGUGCCUCAGAGGCCACAACCGAGAAAUCCAGUGUUAUAAAAACUGCCAGUUCCAUUGUUAAUCUUCAAGAUGGUGAUCUUCAUCUGCAAAAUGGCACAGGACUGAUUGAAGAAUCUCUAGGCAAAAUCCAGCUGACUGUGCGUUAUUCCACACCUCGUCAUUCUCUGAUUGUAAUUGUUCACUGUUGCAGAAGCCUAAUACCCUGUUCAACUGAUGGAUCAGAUCCAUAUGUCCGAAUUUAUCUUCUUCCCGACAAAAGCUGGUCAGGCCGGAGAAGAACACAAGUGAAGAAGAAGACUGUAGAUCCACAAUAUGAUGAAAAAUUUGAAUUCUCAGUUUCAUUGGAAGAUAUUCCUAAACGAAAAUUAGAUCUUGCCGUAAAAAACAACCGGUCAUUCCGAUCCCAUGAGAGGAAAGAACUUGGAAAGGUAUUGAUAGACAUUCCAAAGGAUAAUUUAACCCCAGGUAUUACACAAUGGUAUAAAUUAACUGAUGAUGGAUUGCCAAGCAAAGAAAGAAUUGUUUGAUAUACCUGUAUACAAUUAACCUAAAGCCUAAUUUGAUUUUCUACAUAGAGUGAAGGAGGAUUUUGAAUAUGUUUCUGUUUUAUUGCUUGGUAAGCUGGCUGUCAAAUUUGUUCUAUUAAUUUCUUUUCGAUAGCAAAUCAUCCUGUUUUUUGAAAGAUGCUUGGAAUAUAUGCCUAAAAUGUCUUAAAUUGAUCAAAUUUUAUGUCAGUUAAGUUCAACAUAGUCUAAACUGGGCCAUCUACUGUUAAACUGAAUGAGCACCUGUUAAACUGGAUGUAGCAGAAGGGAAGCUUGUAUAUUGAAAUAGGAUUUUACAUGAAACAUGGUUUCUUUAAUGAUAUUUGUAAGACUUCUCUUAUUCAUUUUGUUCUCCCAUCGGUUUGUGAACAUAACAUUUCAUUCUUGAUGUUAACCUGAGGUGUAUAAUAUGGAUUCAUGUGGGCAGUUUAAAUGCCUGCUUUUUAAUGUGCAUUUUCUCUACAUUUAAUUUAACUUUUGCUUUAAUACAAUGUGCAAUUAUCUUUUUGGGUAUAAUACCAGUUUUAUAUCAGUCCCUUGAAUCAAUUUUGUUAUCAAUGUGAUGCACGUUAACAAGAGUAAAGUCGUGGAUUUCAAAGAGCUGGCAAAAUAGUUAAUUAAAAAUAGAUUUGUGUCCCUUCAUGUUUUAUCUAUUGUCCACAAUUGUAAAUAUCAUGUGAUGCUGGUUAUUUCCCGAGCCGAAAAGGCUCUGGGCAUGGCUACUGGAAUAUGAAUUGCUAUUUAUUAGCUGCUGUAAAUAAAUUAAUCUCAUUUCAAACAAUUCAAAUGCUGUAAAUAAAUUAAUCUCAUUUUAGUUGGUUAUUUUGUUAAACGUUAAAAUUACAUAAAAUAAGCAGUAU